GCAACAACGUCAAGCCCGAAACGCCGACGUCAGAGACUCCAUCCUUGCUAUAAAGCUUCGGCAACCCCUCCAAAAUCAACCACCCCCCAAACAAACCUCGCUCCGGCGCAUCGGAACGUUUUAACCCACACUACAUGUCUACUUUCUUCCGUCGUCUAUUCUACACAACAACGCCCGCCAUGUCUGAAGCAGCAAAGCAAAAGGCUCAAAAGCUCAUUGACGAGAACGCCGUCAUGGUGUUCAGCAAGUCAUACUGCCCCUACUGCACCGCCACCAAGACGAAGCUCAAGGGCAUGGGCGCAAAAUACAACGUCCUCGAGCUGGACCAAAUUGAUGACGGCAGCGCCAUCCAGGAUGCACUUGAGAAGAUAACCGGCCAGCGCUCGGUUCCCAACAUUUUCAUCGGCCAGAAGCACAUCGGCGGCAACUCGGACUUCCAGGCACUUGACAACUCGGAAAGCUUGAUCAAGGCAGCAGGUGCUUUGUGAGAAUACCAAAAGAAUUGAUUUUUUGCGCAGGACACAGUUUAGAUGUUGUCUUACAUUUCAACAUAGAGGCUGAGACUAUUACUGCCGAUAGAGGAAAGCGUGCGGGUAGCUCGUCGCUGUGAAUUGCGCAGGGAUUCAGAGGCAUGUUGUCACAUAGCCGCAAUAAAUGUAAUACUGUGUUUUCAACUACCACCUCUUCUCAAGUGUUGCGACCCUCUUAACCAGUAAAUA